AUGGCUUCAUACGACUCGGCAGACCAGCUCGAAAAGUCUGUUGCCGCUCACGACGAGGAGUCGCGCAUAGAGCGAGUGCGCACCAAGGGCGGCCAUGAAGACGACCGCACUCAACCAUCUCUCCCCGUGGUGCACCGGUCGUUUGCCAACCCGGCGCCCUUGGGACUGCUCUCUUUCGCUACGGGGAUAUUCCUGAUAUCUGCCUACGGCGUCCAUGUUCGAAACAUCUACACUCCCAAUGUCCUGGUCGGCAUGAUCAUCUUCUUCGGGGGGGUAUGCCAGUAUAUAUCGGGCAUAAUGGAGUUCAUCUCAGGGAACACGUUCGGAGCGACCGUCUUCUCAUCCUAUGGCGCCUUCAACUUGUCCUACGCGAUGAUCUAUCUCCCCGGCAGCGGCAUCAUUGCCGCGUACACGGACAAGACAACAGGCCAGGUCAGCCCGGAGUUCAACCAGGCGGUCGCGAUGUUUCUGUGGGCGUGGUUCAUCCUCACCGUGAUAUACACCGGUGCCGCUUGCCGUGCGUCAUGGGUUCUGUUUCUCGACCUCGCCUUCCUGGACCUCGACCUGCUGCUGCUGGCCUGCGGCUACAUGUUCAACCGCUCCUCGCUGCUCAUCGCCGGGAACUCGGUCGGCUUUGUUGUGGCAUUCAUGACCUACUGGGCUGGGGUUGCCGGCCUCUACGCUGGAGGGGUUACACCUUUCAACAUCCCGACUUUCCCCAUGUACAAGGAGAAGAAAUGA